GUGCGCGCGUUCGUGCCGGGACAGUGGCUACGUAGUAAACAUGGCCGCGGAGAGCAGCGAAGGUUUGCCAAUAUCUCCGUCCGAGAAAUCGUUGACCGGUAGUUUAGUGUCUGAUGAAAAUGAAAAAAUCGUUUCACGUUCACCCUCGAGUUAUUCCAUACGAGAAGAUAAAUGGCCAGAUUUGGUGGUAUCGAGACCUAAAAAAUUGGACGCCUGGUGGUCGCCGAGACUUACGAUACAUUGGGUUUUUCUGGAAGGAUCUUCUAUGCGGCAAGAACCCCAGAGCGGCUUGAAAACGCGACCUCCGGUCGAUCACGGUGGUCUUCAUCACGGCGGGGUCAUGCUCGAAGAGGACAUGGCCGGUGCCCAGGACACGAUUUACCUUUGCAAUUUUCGCGUGUCCGUUGAUGGCGAGUGGCUCUGUUUAAAGGAACUUCAGGACGUUGAGUUUUCAUUACAAGACUCGAUACAACGUUCGCCUUCGCCACCGUUACCUCUUAGUGGUAUUGAUCCUCAUCGUCAUCGGCAACAGCUGUUACCCGAGCAGCGGGAUUUUCGCGAUGCAUUACCGCCAAGUCCACCGCCGCCAUUGCGUCACGUCUCAAGCUUGUCACGAGACCCGGUGAUCAUCGAAAGGAGUAAUCUCGUAAAUAUUUCAAAAUUGAUCGUGAAAGAGCUCAUCGAAACUUCUUUAAAAUAUGGCCGCAUGCUCGAUUCGGAUCAUAUGCCUCUGCAACAUUUUUUCAUCGUUCUCGAGCAUGUACUCAGGCACGGUUUACGACCGAAGAAGGGUUUACUUGGACCCAAGAAGGAGCUUUGGGACAUCCUUCAGCUGGUGGAGAAAUACUGUCCUGAAGCGCAAGAUAUUACAUCAAGUAUUCGCGAUUUGCCGACGGUUAGAACUGCCAUGGGUCGGGCGCGUGCCUGGCUUCGUAUGGCACUCAUGCAAAAGAAGUUAGCAGACUACCUAAAGAUUUUGAUCGAUCAUAAGGACGACAUUUUGUCUGAAUAUUUUGAGCCAGACGCUCUUAUGAUGAGCGAAGAGGCUAUCGUGGUAAUGGGUUUGUUGGUGGGUUUGAAUGUGAUCGAUUGCAAUUUCUGCGUAAAGGAAGAAGAUCUCGAUUGUCAACAAGGUGUGAUCGAUUUUUCGUUAUAUUUGCGCAAUAGCAAUCAUAUACCUGGAGAAUCACCUGACGACGAGCUUGAGAAUGACAACAUGACGACUGUUCUUGAUCAAAAGAAUUAUAUCGAGGAAUUAAAUCGGCACUUGAACGCCACUGUGACAAAUCUUCAAGCCAAACUUGAAACUUUAACUACGACGAAUGCUUUAAUGAAAGAAGAUCUGUCUAUUGCAAAGAAUAAUUUUCUAUCGCUUCAAGAGGAAAACAGACAGCUUAAAAAAGAAUUAGGGAUAGAAAUCAAGGAUCCUAAUGAGAAUGGCAAGGCUCCUAUUAAAAUAACUGAAACUACGACGGAAAUCGAAGAGCUUAGAAGUAGACUCGAAUCAGAGAAGAAAUUACGACAGGACACAGAGAAGGAAUUGCAAUUACAGAUAAGCAUGAAGUCGGAGAUGGAGGUGGCGAUGAAAUUGUUAGAGAAAGACAUCCACGAGAAACAGGACACCAUAAUAUCGCUUAGGCAACAACUCGACGACAUCAAGCUGAUCAAUUUGGAGAUGUACAAAAAAUUACAGGAGUGCGAGCACGAGCUGACGCAGAAGGGCGAGAUGGUGAGCCGGCUUCACGCCAAGACCAAUCAGAUCGGCAAGAUUCUGAAUAAUCUCGAGAAGUACAAUCACCUGAUGAAGGAUGGAGAAAAUGUUCGGAGUCCGACAACGCCGUGUAACGCAUCGAAGUCGAUUCUAAACAAAAACAGUCCGACCUCGCCGAGAGGUUCGGCAUUUGGAACGGAAAAUGUUGGGGCCGAUCGAACGUCAGGCGAUCAUCAGCAACGUAACAUCGAUAAUAAACGGGCGAAAGAAUCGUGUGAAAAAUCUAAAAGGAGCAAAUCCAACGACGACGUUGUCUCUACGAAUAAGAAUUUAUUUCAGGAAUGCGAAGCUUCUCUUAAUCAUAAGACAGAACUGAUCAAAAAACUGGAGGCUAAGACAGUGUCGAUGACUGAGACAUUCCAGAAACUGGAUGAACAGCGCAAGGAAUUGGACGGAGUUAGAGCAAGGACCGAGGAGAAGGCUAAGUUCCUAGCUGCCGAGGCAGCCGAGAGGACAGCCCGAGCUAAGGACAUUGAGAGGGAACUACAUAUGGAACGAGAAUGGAGAACGUCCCUACAGGAAUCAUCGAUCUCCAAUGCAGAAAGGAUUUCUCAAUUACGCCAAGAAAACGAUCAGCUGAAGCAAAUGUCAGAAAGAUACGUAACGCUGCAGGAGGAGUAUUAUGCGUUAAAGGAGAUCUGCUCGGAACAGGAAAGAACCCUGGAGGAACUUGGGGUGCAGUUGAGCGCAGCGAAACUGGCGACGGUCGAAUUACGUGAGGCUGCUGACAAUGCUCAACGACAGUCGCAUCAAGAUGGCGGCGGGACUGCGUGGGCGGACGAUCGACAGGUCACCCAUUGCAAGGGUUGUAACCGUGAGUUCAACAUCACUCGUCGUAAGCACCACUGCCGUAACUGUGGAAAUAUAUUUUGCAAGAGCUGUAGCGACAACACGAUGUCCCUGACUGAAAAUUCUAAGCAAGUACGAGUUUGCGACGAGUGUUACGUUUUACUAGUUGGCCGAUAUUCGGUAAUGCUUUAACGCGUACUUCCUCAUGUGUGAUUAUCUCAUGAGGAGUAACAUGGAAGAGGAAGGAUCUCUACAAAAAAAAAGAAAAAAAAAAAAAGGAAAACGAAGAAAGGAAACCGGAAGGAGAUA